AUGAUGAUGAUGAUGAUGAUGAUGAUGAUGAUGAUGAUGAUGAUGAUGAUGAUGAUGAUGAUGAUGAUGAUGAUGAUGAUGAUGAUGAUGAUGAUGAUGAUGAUGAUGAUGAUGAUGAUGAUGAUGAUGAUGAUGAUGAUGAUGAUGAUGAUGAUGAUGAUGAUGAUGAUGAUGAUGAUGAUGAUGAUGAUGAUGAUGAUGAUGAUGAUGAUGAUGAUGAUGAUGAUGAUGAUGAUGAUGAUGAUGAUGAUGAUGAUGAUGAUGAUGAUGAUGAUGAUGAUGAUGAUGAUGAUGAUGAUGAUGAUGAUGAUGAUGAUGAUGAUGAUGAUGAUGAUGAUGAUGAUGAUGAUGAUGAUGAUGAUGAUGAUGAUGAUGAUGAUGAUGAUGAUGAUGAUGAUGAUGAUGAUGAUGAUGAUGAUGAUGAUGAUGAUGAUGAUGAUGAUGAUGAUGAUGAUGAUGAUGAUGAUGAUGAUGAUGAUGAUGAUGAUGAUGAUGAUGAUGAUGAUGAUGAUGAUGAUGAUGAUGAUGAUGAUGAUGAUGAUGAUGAUGAUGAUGAUGAUGAUGAUGAUGAUGAUGAUGAUGAUGAUGAUGAUGAUGAUGAUGAUGAUGAUGAUGAUGAUGAUGAUGAUGAUGAUGAUGAUGAUGAUGAUGAUGAUGAUGAUGAUGAUGAUGAUGAUGAUGAUGAUGAUGAUGAUGAUGAUGAUGAUGAUGAUGAUGAUGAUGAUGAUGAUGAUGAUGAUGAUGAUGAUGAUGAUGAUGAUGAUGAUGAUGAUGAUGAUGAUGAUGAUGAUGAUGAUGAUGAUGAUGAUGAUGAUGAUGAUGAUGAUGAUGAUGAUGAUGAUGAUGAUGAUGAUGAUGAUGAUGAUGAUGAUGAUGAUGAUGAUGAUGAUGAUGAUGAUGAUGAUGAUGAUGAUGAUGAUGAUGAUGAUGAUGAUGAUGAUGAUGAUGAUGAUGAUGAUGAUGAUGAUGAUGAUGAUGAUGAUGAUGAUGAUGAUGAUGAUGAUGAUGAUGAUGAUGAUGAUGAUGAUGAUGAUGAUGAUGAUGAUGAUGAUGAUGAUGAUGAUGAUGAUGAUGAUGAUGAUGAUGAUGAUGAUGAUGAUGAUGAUGAUGAUGAUGAUGAUGAUGAUGAUGAUGAUGAUGAUGAUGAUGAUGAUGAUGAUGAUGAUGAUGAUGAUGAUGAUGAUGAUGAUGAUGAUGAUGAUGAUGAUGAUGAUGAUGAUGAUGAUGAUGAUGAUGAUGAUGAUGAUGAUGAUGAUGAUGAUGAUGAUGAUGAUGAUGAUGAUGAUGAUGAUGAUGAUGAUGAUGAUGAUGAUGAUGAUGAUGAUGAUGAUGAUGAUGAUGAUGAUGAUGAUGAUGAUGAUGAUGAUGAUGAUGAUGAUGAUGAUGAUGAUGAUGAUGAUGAUGAUGAUGAUGAUGAUGAUGAUGAUGAUGAUGAUGAUGAUGAUGAUGAUGAUGAUGAUGAUGAUGAUGAUGAUGAUGAUGAUGAUGAUGAUGAUGAUGAUGAUGAUGAUGAUGAUGAUGAUGAUGAUGAUGAUGAUGAUGAUGAUGAUGAUGAUGAUGAUGAUGAUGAUGAUGAUGAUGAUGAUGAUGAUGAUGAUGAUGAUGAUGAUGAUGAUGAUGAUGAUGAUGAUGAUGAUGAUGAUGAUGAUGAUGAUGAUGAUGAUGAUGAUGAUGAUGAUGAUGAUGAUGAUGAUGAUGAUGAUGAUGAUGAUGAUGAUGAUGAUGAUGAUGAUGAUGAUGAUGAUGAUGAUGAUGAUGAUGAUGAUGAUGAUGAUGAUGAUGAUGAUGAUGAUGAUGAUGAUGAUGAUGAUGAUGAUGAUGAUGAUGAUGAUGAUGAUGAUGAUGAUGAUGAUGAUGAUGAUGAUGAUGAUGAUGAUGAUGAUGAUGAUGAUGAUGAUGAUGAUGAUGAUGAUGAUGAUGAUGAUGAUGAUGAUGAUGAUGAUGAUGAUGAUGAUGAUGAUGAUGAUGAUGAUGAUGAUGAUGAUGAUGAUGAUGAUGAUGAUGAUGAUGAUGAUGAUGAUGAUGAUGAUGAUGAUGAUGAUGAUGAUGAUGAUGAUGAUGAUGAUGAUGAUGAUGAUGAUGAUGAUGAUGAUGAUGAUGAUGAUGAUGAUGAUGAUGAUGAUGAUGAUGAUGAUGAUGAUGAUGAUGAUGAUGAUGAUGAUGAUGAUGAUGAUGAUGAUGAUGAUGAUGAUGAUGAUGAUGAUGAUGAUGAUGAUGAUGAUGAUGAUGAUGAUGAUGAUGAUGAUGAUGAUGAUGAUGAUGAUGAUGAAUGUAAAUGGGAAAUUUGUUUGA